UCACUAGAUCUAAAUUAUUACAAGUAAAAAGAACAUCAUAAGCAACUACAAUUUUCUGUUAUUUUACCUAAAUUAUUUAAUAAAAAUAUAUAUUUUAUAUACACUAAAUAUUCACAUAUUUCAAGUUUUCGGCACUCAAUAAUUUAGCGUUGGCGCAUUGAUAUAUAGCCCUUGACGCAUAGAAAGAAGUUCUUUUCCGUUCAGCAAGCGAAAGAACAUGUCGUAUACGUCUGAAAGAAGUAAUGAGGACUGGCAGGACUCAAAAAAUGGCCCUUCCAGCGAAAAAGAAGCACAUGCUUAUGAUGGGCCUCCCGGCAUGGAACCCGAUGGCGUCAUCGAAAGUAAUUGGGAUGAGGUGGUUGAUAAUUUCGAUGAUAUGAAUUUAAAAGAUGAAUUACUUCGUGGAAUCUAUGCUUAUGGUUUUGAAAAGCCUUCAGCAAUCCAACAGCGAGCCAUCAUGCCAUGCAUAGUCGGUCAUGAUGUUAUCGCACAAGCUCAAUCUGGUACUGGCAAAACUGCAACAUUCAGUAUUUCCAUUUUGCAACAAAUCAAGACAAAUGUUAAUGAAUGUCAGGCUUUAAUUUUGGCGCCUACAAGAGAAUUAGCACAACAAAUCCAAAAGGUUGUAAUUGCCUUGGGAGAUUUUAUGCAAGCCCAAUGUCAUGCCUGUAUUGGUGGAACUAAUGUUAGGGAAGAUAUGCGCAAGUUGGAAAAAGGUGUACAUGUAGUGGUUGGAACACCAGGACGUGUUUAUGAUAUGAUCAGUAGGCGUGCUCUUCGCACAAAUACCAUCAAACUUUUUGUGCUGGACGAGGCUGAUGAGAUGUUGUCUAGGGGAUUUAAAGAUCAGAUUUAUGAUGUAUUUAAAAUGCUCAGUGCGGAUGUUCAAGUUAUUCUCCUCUCUGCUACUAUGCCCAAUGAUGUAUUGGAAGUUAGUAAAUGUUUUAUGAGACAUCCAGUUCGGAUUUUAGUAAAGAAAGAAGAAUUAACACUUGAAGGUAUUAAACAGUUCUUCAUUCUUGUUGAAAAAGAAGAUUGGAAAUUGGAAACACUUUGUGAUUUAUAUGAUACAUUAUCUAUAACACAAGCUGUCAUAUUCUGUAAUACACGUCGUAAGGUGGAUUGGUUAACGGAAAGCAUGCACAACCGUGAUUUCACAGUUUCUGCCUUGCAUGGAGACAUGGAACAAAAAGAACGAGAUGUAAUUAUGAGGCAGUUCCGUACCGGCAGUUCACGUGUUCUAAUUACUACAGAUUUGUUGGCUCGUGGAAUAGAUGUACAACAAGUGUCUCUGGUCAUAAAUUAUGAUUUGCCUUCCAACAGGGAAAACUAUAUCCACAGGAUUGGUCGAGGUGGACGUUUCGGUCGUAAGGGUGUUGCUAUAAACUUUGUCACAGAUGAGGACAAGCGUACCCUGCAAGAUAUAGAGCAAUUCUACAAUACACACAUCGAUGAGAUGCCAAUGAAUGUUGCUGAUUUGAUUUAAAAUUGGUGACAGUUAAAUGAGAUUGAGCCAAGUGGAUAUAGAGGAUUCUGAUAUUGGCAUUGUCCUACAAGACUACAGAAAAUAAAUAA